CUAUAAAUAAGUCCAAUUAAACCCCCCAUUCUCUGCAAACCCAAUCUCUGAAUUCCAAAUCUUCCCCAUGGCUUCUUCUGCAGAACGACACGACCUCCUCUUCGCUGCCAAGCUCGCUGAACAAGCCAAGCGAUAUGACGAGAUGGGGGAUGCAAUGAAGAAGCUUGUAAGGAUGAAAGUUGAAUUAAGUCCAGAGGAAAGAUCAGCCUUCUCAAUGGCGUACAAGAAGGCGAUUGAGCCUCUGAGAUCAUCAUGGGGAAUCCUGCAACAGGGAAAAUCAAACGAAGAAAUAAAUGGGGCCAAGCAGAAGGUGAUUCGGAUUAGGGAGUUUCAGGAGAAGAUCGAAAGCGAUCUGUCGAGUAUUUGUGACGAGGUGAUGAGUCUAUUAGAUAAACACCUUCUUCCUUUCACCACAAACGAUGAGAACAGAGUAUUCUACCUUAAAAUGAAAGGCGAUUAUUACAGGUACAUGGCGGAGUGCAAGACUGAAAGUGAGAAGAAAAAGGCCAUUAGUAAUUCCUUGAAAGCAUAUCAGACAGCCAUUGUUGAAGCAGAGGGUCUUCCUCCUUUGAAUCCCAUUAUGUUGGGUUCCAACUUGAAUUACUCAGUCUUCCUUUAUGAUAUUGUGAAGGCACGUAGAAGGGCGAUGGCGGUUGCAAGGCGAACUGUUGAUGCAACAGUGGGAGAGAUUGAAAGCAAAAGGCUGAAUAAGGAAAUGUAUGAAGAUAGCAUGACAAUUUUGGACCUUAUAAAGGACAACCUCGCCCGGUGGGCCGCGGACGUGCCUCUGGGUUCAGAUGAUCUAUUUUUCGUAUUGAGGCGUUUUAGUUUAUAAUUCCCCUCUAGGGCCUCUACUUUACUUCUCUUAUCUU